AUGAAAAUCUCACCAGAGACUGUCAAUAAACUACAAUCCGAUGCUUCAUGUAUAAGGAACAUCUGUAUAUUAGCUCAUGUUGAUCAUGGUAAAACAUCGCUAAGUGAUUCACUUUUAGCAACCAAUGGUAUAAUAUCACAAAGAAUGGCAGGAAAAGUACGAUAUUUAGAUUCAAGAGAAGAUGAACAAUUAAGAGGUAUUACAAUGGAAGCAUCUGCAAUUUCAUUAUAUUUCAAAACCAUGAAGGUUCAAAAAGAUGAAGAAAAAGCAGUAAUAAAAGAGCAUUUAAUUAACUUAAUAGAUUCACCUGGUCACAUAGAUUUCUCAUCAGAAGUCAGCACCUCAUCUCGUUUAUGUGAUGGAGCUAUUGUUUUAGUUGAUGCUGUUGAGGGUGUAUGUUCUCAAACCGUCAAUGUCUUGCGUCAAUGUUGGAUAGAUAAAUUGAAACCAAUCUUAGUCAUAAAUAAGAUUGAUAGAUUAAUCACUGAAUGGAAACUAACGCCACUUGAGGCAUAUCAACAUAUAUCAAGGGUAAUAGAGCAAGUUAAUUCUGUAAUUGGAUCUUUCUUUGCAGGAGAUAGAUUGGAAGAUGAUUUGAUAUGGAGAGAAGGAGGAGAAAUUGGAGAAUUUAUAGAAAAAGAUGAUGAAAAUUUAUAUUUUAUGCCCGAAAAGAAUAAUGUGAUAUUUGCAUCAGCAAUAGAUGGUUGGGCAUUUUCAAUUAAUACAUUUGCUAAAAUAUAUCUGAAAAAAUUAGGAUUUUCACAACAAGCAUUAUUGAAAACUCUUUGGGGUGAUUUUUAUUUGGAUAUAAAAAAUAAAAAGAUUUUACCUGGUAAAAAAUUAAAAAAUGGUAAUUCUAAACCUUUGUUUGUGUCAUUAAUACUAGACCAAAUAUGGGCCAUUUAUGAGAAUUGUAUAAUUGAUCGAAAUCAAGACAAACUUGAAAAAAUUAUUGAAAAAUUAGGAGCAAAGAUUUCUCCAAGGGAUUUGAGAUCUAAAGAUUUCAAAAACUUAUUAAAUCAAAUAAUGUCACAAUGGAUACCUUUAAGCCAUGCAAUACUAGGUGCUGUCAUUGAUUAUUUACCAAGUCCGAUUGUUGCGCAAUCAGAAAGAAUAGAUAAGAUCUUAAAUGAAACUAUAUAUAGCGUUGUGAAAUCGGAACAGGAUAAGAGUAAACUAAUAGACCCAAGUUUUGUGAAAGCAAUGCAAGAUUGUGAUAGUUCAAAUGCUGAUACUCAUACUAUGGCUUAUGUCUCUAAACUUAUAUCUGUGCCAAAUGAGGAAUUACCCACUGAAACAGCUUUAGGAAGUGAAAUUUCUGCUGAGGAAUUAAAAGAAAGAGCUAGGAUAGCUAGGGAAUUAGCUAAAAAGGCAUCGGAAGCAGCAGCAAAAGCACAAGAAUCUAAAGCGAAUGAAGAUGAAUUCGUUAUAAAACCUAAGAAGGAUCCAUUUGAGUGGGAAUUUGAGGAAGAAGAUUUUGAAGAAGAACAGGAAGAUGAGGAACCAGAAGAAACGGAAUUUGAAACAUUAGUUGGUUUUACAAGAAUUUAUUCAGGAACUUUAUCGAAAGGACAGAAAUUAACCAUUGUUGGACCAAAAUAUGAUCCAUCAUUACCAAGAGAUCAUGAAAAAAACAUAAAUCAAAUUUCUAAUGAAAUUGAAAUCAAAGAUCUUUUUUUAAUAAUGGGAAGAGAAUUUGUUAAAAUGGAAAAAGUACCAGCUGGAAAUAUAUGUGGUGUUGUUGGUUUAGAUCAAGUAGUUUUGAAAAACGCUACAAUUUGUUCCCCAAUAGCCGAAGACAAACCAUAUGUUAAUCUUGCAUCAACCUCGACUUUAAUACACAACAAACCAAUCAUGAAAAUAGCAGUUGAGCCCACGAAUCCAAUGAAAUUGGCAAAAUUAGAAAGAGGAUUAGAUUUGUUAGCUAAAGCUGAUCCAGUUUUGGAAUGGUAUAUUGAUGAUGAAUCUGGAGAAUUGAUUGUUUGUGUUGCAGGAGAAUUACAUUUAGAAAGGUGUUUAAAAGAUUUGGAAGAAAGAUUUGCAAGGGGUUGUGAAGUUACAGUAAAAGAACCGGUGAUUCCGUUUAGAGAAAGUUUAGCUGACGAUAAGAUAAAUCAGGAUAUGUUGGCUGUGAUUGAAGAAAGUGAUGAAGAGGAAGAUGUUGACAUCUUGGAUUUGGAUGUGGAUGUUCGUCCUUUGCCUACUGAGAUCACCAAAUUCUUAGUAGACAAUGAUCUUGUAAUAAAUGAAAUCGUAAAGAACAAUGAUGAAGAAGUAAAAAAAGAGUUCAUUGAAAAAUUCCAAACUGUCAUUAGCGAGGAGAAGCAAUUCUUUGGUUUUGCUGAUGCCAAAGAGUUGAUUGAUAAUAUAGUUGCUUUUGGACCAAAAAGAGUAGGUCCUAACUUACUUAUUGAUAAAACUAACAAACUCAAACACAUUUUUAGCAAAUCUCAAUCAGUUGAAAAAUUUGAAUAUGAAAACAACAUUUUAAAUGGUACACAAUUAGCAUUAAAUGAGGGUCCAUUAGCAUCUGAACCAUUACAUGGUAUUGCCAUAAUAAUCAAAAAAAUCGAUAAAAAUGAUCUUGGAGAAGAUAAACUUAUAAGUCCUGGUAAAAUUAUAACUCAAACUAAAAAUUUAAUCCAUAAACAAUUUUUAAUCAAAUCACCAAGAUUACUAUUAGCUAUGUAUACAUGUGAAAUUCAAGCAGCAUCAGAUGUACUUGGAAAAGUUUACGCUGUAGUACAAAAAAGAGAAGGUUCAAUAAUAUCUGAAGAAAUGAAAGAAGGUACUCCAUUUUUCACUAUUGUUGCAAGAUUACCAGUUAUUCAAGCUUUUGGAUUUAGUGAAGAUAUUAGAAAAAAGACAUCAGGUGCAGCAAGUCCUCAAUUAAUAUUUGAUGGAUUUGAUAUUUUAGAUAUAGAUCCAUUUUGGGUACCUCAUACAGAAGAAGAAUUAGAAGAAUUAGGUGAAUUUGCAGAAAGAGAAAAUGUAGCAAGAAGGUAUAUGAAUAAUAUAAGAAGAAGAAAAGGAUUAUUUAUUGACGAAAAAGUUGUAAAUAAAGCUGAAAAGCAAAGAACUUUGAAAAAGGAUUAG